AUGCAGGGUACCUCGGACGAGCGGGAGCAAGACCCCGCAGUGGCGCUGAUGCUGGCGACAGUGCGGAUGAUUCGAAACUGGGUCGAAUCAAGCUUCAGCUCGACCGAGAGCGCGCGGAUCGAGCGCAAAGGUCAUUUGAAGGCUCGGUUUAAGGUGGAGCUAUCGCCAGAGAUGUGGAAGGAGCUGCAAAACUUUGUGAAGGCCUCUUUCGCAUUGUCCGGCUUGCAGUUGACGAAGCUGGAGCGCGGUGAUGAAAAGUCCUGCAUUGAGGUAGUCAUGUCGAUGGAGGCCCGGAAGCAGUUUGCUGCCAAGAACCCAGCAGUGCAGGAAAAGCCAGAAAAGCAUUGUGAUGGCUCAGAAGGCGCAGAAGGCAUCCGCACCCCGGAGGCAUCGCAGCCUCGCUCCGUGCGUGAAGCAGUUCCUACACCUUGCAAGCACGCACAGGGUACAGCAAAGCGCCACGCUUCAACGUGUGACCCGAUGCCGGGAAUGUCGAAGCGCAGCAAGACAAAGGAGUCAGAGCCGGGGAAGGCGGCAAAAAGCUGGAUGCCCCUGUCGGACGUAAGUGCACAUGACGUGCCUUGCGAUCUGACGGGCAUUGUUGCUGCAAAGGAUGGUCUGACAGCAGCCCUGACAUCGAAGGACCUGCACGAGGCUGUAGCUUGGCUAAAGGGGCUAGGAAGGAGGGAGGUCCUGGCCCACGAGCUGGAGAAGACCCGAAUCGGCAUCACAGUGAACGACUGCCGCAAGCAGGGAGAUUCGUAUGUCACGAAGCUCGCUGACAUCUUGAUUCAGAGGUGGAAGAAGGCCUGGCGAAAAGCCCAGGAGCUGAAGGGCUGA